AUGGCAGCCUUCAAAGUCGACGAGGCCCUCAUCGCGCGCGUCACAGACUACGUCAAAGAGUACAUGUCCCACUACGACAGUUCCCACGACUUCAACCACAUCACGCGCGUCCUGCGCCUCGCGCAGCACAUCCAGGCCCGCACGCCCAACACAUCGCAGGCCGUCGUCACGCUCGCCGCGCUCCUUCACGACGUCGGCGACAAGAAGUACCUGCAGCCCGGCGAGGACGCCUCGCGGCUCAUCCACGCCACGCUGCGGUCCCUCGGCGCCGGCGACGCGCUCGCGGAAAAGGUGCAGGCCAUCUGCCUCGGCGUCAGCUACUCGAGCGAGGUCAAAGACCCGGGCAGGGUCGUGGCGCUGAUUGAGGAGCACCCGGAGCUGGCGGUGGUGCAGGACGCGGACCGGCUGGAUGCGAUUGGCGCGGUGGGCAUUGGCCGCACGUUUGCGUUUGGCGCGGCCAAGGGCAGGGGCCUGGAGGAUACGAUUCGGCAUUUCGAGGAGAAGCUGCUGAAGCUCGAGGGCAUGAUGAAGACGGAGACGGGGAGGGCGCUGGCGAGGGAGCGGUCGGAGAGGAUACGGUUGAUGCUGGAGUGGUGGCUGCUGGAAACGGGAGACGAGGUUUGCUAG